AAUGUGAGCAGCCUGUGUCUUUCGGGGUUUGCCAGGAAGACCCCCUGGAAGACCCCAAUACCAAAUUACAUGGACUGAUCAUGUCCACAGCGGAUUUAAUCUCUUGGUCAUUCCAAAUUGCCAGGGGAAUGGAUUACUUGGCCAGUAAAAAGGUUCUACAUGGGGAUUUAGCGGCUCGUAAUGUUCUCCUGGCUGAUGACGGGGUGGCAAAAGUUGCCGAUUUUGGUAUGUCUCGUAAAAUGUAUUACGAAGGAAAUUAUAAACAGUCGGGACAGAAAUUGAUGCCGAUCAAAUGGAUGGCAAUUGAAUCCUUGACAGAUCGAAUCUUUUCCACCCAGUCUGAUGUUUGGUCGUACGGUGUUCUCCUCUGGGAAAUCUUUACCCUGGGAAAAGUCCCCUAUCCAGGAUUGGAAGGUAAUCAUCAACUCGUCCGCCAACUGGAAAAAGGAUAUCGGAUGGAGAAACCCGCUUAUGCACCCAAUUACAUUGGCGAAAUUAUGUCCAGCUGCUGGAAAGCGGAUCCGAAAGAGAGGCCAUCCUUUAGCGAAAUGGAGGAAAUGAUCAGCAGCGAAAUGGAGUCGACAGUCAGCGACCACUAUUUAAAUUUAAAUAGUUCGUACGAAAAGCUAAACGAAUUAAAAGUCAACGCUUCUUCCACCGAACCUUUGGGACUUGCCAAAGUGCUGGAUUCAAAGGAGAAAGUCGGGAAAAGGCAUUCGAUAUUUUCACGCAUAAUCACCCAAACGAAAGUUGAUCCCAAGAAACUCAGCUCAAGAAAUAGUUCCGGACAAGUGGAAUCAAAUAAAGAAUCGAAAAAUUUGCCAUGCAACGUCAACAGUAAUACGAAAAGUCUCAUCAGUCAAAUAAAACGCCGAGGAUUUAGUUUUCAUCAAGACUUUGCCGAGAGUUUUGUUUAGUCGACCACCACCUUCCCUCCGCAUCCAAGGAAGGAAGAAAUUUGAUGGCGAAUCGCUUUGGUUUUUUUAAUCUGUAACGUUGCGUGUUGGACGACACUUGACACAAUAAAAAUUAAAUUUUCUCGUGACGCAUAUGGCAUAUUCCAAUAAUCCCAUCCUGUUUGAUGUUCUACUCUCAAACGAAAUGAUUAACUCUAAUGUCGAUUUUUACCUGUUGAUGAUAAUUCUAACACUUAUUGAUUUAAUGUAACAGGUGAAACAAACUUGAAUAAAUAACAUUGUAGGUGUGUCCCAUUA